CCAAACUCUUUCCUCUAAGAGACAGGUUCUCACGACUUUCAGGAGGCACCAAACAGAACAUCGGAAUCCGGACUGGUUCUGAUAAUCGCGAAGCGGGCGGGGGUGAGAGACGUGCACUUGGAUCAACUUCCUCUUGCAUGAGUUGCGAUGACUGGCUCCAGAUUACACGUACAGAUGACGCAGACAGCACCAAGAUCGGGGUUCGUCGCGCACAGACAUUCGCCGGUUUGAGAGACAAAACGUGUGCAAACCUCCACGUAGAUAAAGAAAAGUGUGUUCCACGAGAGCGAGGCGUUCGGACUUUACCAUUUUCUCCCGGCAUAUUCGAAUCUAUCUGCGAGACCUUCCACGUUCACACUAGCAUCGUCAAAACUAUAUCUCGGGCUGAUGUACCAAGUUUUGCUUCGGAGCAAGUUUUUAUGGGCGCAGAAGCAUAUGUUUACAAUUGCCGCACAUCAAACUCUUGGCCCUCAGAUAUAGCGCUGUCGGCUACACAUUACCCAGCGCAAAAUCUGACAUUCGCGAUCUUGUACGGAUGCACUGCAAUAGCGGAACACAUCAUCAUUGAACAAUUGAGCGCCAUCAAGGAAGAAGCAUGUCAUCCACUUUUGAUGCCAGGUAUCGUUGCAGAGAUUGAACUAGUUCGGCACAUUAACCUCGUGGAAGCAAACAUUGUCUUAGUGGAGAACAAAAUUCUCGAAUUAGAGAUUCAAGAAGGUGGUACUCAAGACAUCUCAUCGGAUCAGCAGAUUCAUCGCCGAGAAGAGAAACGCACGGCAUGGCUCGACCUCUCAUAUCUACGGAACUCGUUGAUCACGUGGAAUAUGCAGAUUGCGAAAAUGCGUGCACACUCAUCGAUAGCUGUCAGAGAAUCGCGAGUGGAUAGCUGCAAUGAGCUUGUUGACCUUUUUGACAAACUUGCAUCACCCUCUUCGCUGGAAUUGGUAGGGGAGAAGAUACGGAAUCGCUUGUUAGCUAUUCAAGAAGAAUAUGAGGAAAAGAUUAGGGAUUGCUCGAUGCGUUUGGAUGGGAUGGAAAUGGCAACACAAUGGUCUCAUAGCGAGACAGCCGUUGAGAUGGCCUUGGCCACAAACCGCGAAUCUCGUGUCAUGAAGUCUAUAUCUCUUGUCACCAUGAUCUUUCUUCCUGGUACCUUUUUUGCUACUGUUUUCUCGAUGACCUUUUUUGAUUGGAGUGAUCCGAUGGGAGAAAGUCAUGUUUCAAGCCAUCUGUGGGUAUACGUGGUAAUCACUAUAACAUUCACGGCAACUACGUUGGGUUUGUGGUAUUACUUUGUGAUGUAUAGACGAUCAAGACGUCGAGCAAUGAAAGGGCAACAGUCGAUCAUGUUCCGUUUUCGGGGACGAUGCAAGUUGGCGCUACAAAUGAUCUGGUCAACAAUAAGUCGGUUUCAAAGGGAAAGAGAAAAGUAG